AUGAUGCUAUGUCAAUGUGUUGAAGAAAUUAUAGUUGAUGAGAUUGAAAGUGAAGGGAUAUUGAAAGGACCUGCUUCCACUCUUGAUUAUGUUGACAUUUUUAAAGUGCAAGUGGUUCUAAUGCAUGAAUGGGUUUUAAGGCUUGAAGAGUUUAAUGCUAUAGAAGAUCCAUUUGAUAAAUCAAAAUUAUUACGACGUUUUACAUUACGAUACAUGUUAUUGGAUAAUAUCUUUCAUGCGGUAGAAUUGGGCGUUCGCGAUCGAAUAAUUCUUGUCAAUAAUACAUACAUAAUUCCAGGAAAUUUUCCGAAUAAUAUGCCGGAUGAAACCCAAAUUAGUCAGACAAUAAAACGCAUGAUGUAUGGUGAACGAAGUGCUCAAUUGAUUGAUGAAUUAAUUGCUCCAAUGAUUGAUAUGAAUUUUACUAUUGGGGAGUUUAUGGCUUUACGCUUAAUAACAUUUUGGAAUCCAUACGGUGUGGCCUUUUCACCUCAAGCAAAAAAAACUAUCGAGAUGGCGAGAAAUCGAGCUGUCAAUGAGUUAUACCGAUGGUAUUCAGAUCAACAUUUUGAAUCGAUCGAUAUUCGUCUAGGCAAUAUAUUGCUUUUACUUUGUCCAAUAACUGAACAAUUACAUUAUAUGACAGAAAUGGUUAAACUAAUUCCAUCGUUUGGUACACUCAAUGAAAGGGAUUCAUAUCUUCAAAACAUACUUGCAACGUGA